AUGCCAAACAAAGGAAAAAAAGAUAAGGUAUGGUAGUCCAGACGCAUAAAAAAUCGUUUAUUCUUUCGGUAACUUGUGCGCGAAGGCGAAAGUCAAAACAUUUCUAUCAGCAGUGACAGAUCGAUUUUACUCUUUUGCAUUUCUUGGGUGUAAACAGCAGAUUUCGAAAUCUGGAGGAAGUGCCAAACAGGCAAAUAAAGAAAACGGAGAUGUUGUGACUGACGAGGUGAGUCGUAUGAUUAUUUUGCGUAAGAAUAGAGAAAUCCGUCGCGGUUUCAGUCGAUUGAAUCACAAUUUCGAUUGGAUAUUGUUUACUGGGAUGGGUUCCAAUGGAACUUAUUUUUGUGACGCAGAAUUACAAUGAAGGUUAAGCUUACUUGGUUUUUCUUCCCCACCUUAGGCAAAAUCGAAAUCUCAACCCGUUUCACAUCCACCGAGUCAAGCUGUCAAACUAAGGCAAUAUGCAAAUGGCCCGUCAAUAAUGAGGAAAGAGAAACGACAGAGUUCUUCAUCGUUUAACGUUAGUGACAAUCGAGAGAUAGUGAAAUUACCUCCGUUGAAAGGUGAGAUUUCAAGCAACUUCGAUUUUCUCGUUUGAGUAUACCAAAUAAAAUCGACGUUGCUGUGAUAAAACAUGUUAAUGCUCUUCCAAUUUGCCUGUUGUCGGGAAAGUUGGUCGCACACUGCGCUCAUAACCAGUUUAUUACAAUUUCGCUACGGGGAGUUCAGCGAGCAAAGUGUUUUUCUCGCGGCUUUGUUUACCAUUUGCUCAGUGCUGGUUAUGAUUAUGGUUUAUACAGGUAGUUGCCCCUCUUUUUAGCCAUAUCUCAAAUCAGUCAUUGAGCUGUGGAAUACUGUUGCUUUUGGAGAUAAAAUAAUAUAGUAAACACCAUUGGGCUAGCUAGUAAACACUUUAAUAUAUCAGAUUUAUUGACAUUGCUACCCCAUAGUUGGAAAUGAUAUUUCUUUGAUCUUAUAUGCCAAAACUGCGACAUGGUAGGUUAUUUUGAUUGAGGGUGACGGAAAGAUUAUGUGAAAUUUCUACACCAAACCAAGGCAAGAUAAACAACACUUUCAGUUUUAAUAGCUGAAAAGAUUUUUAUUCUGAGGCCCUCUGUUCUCUUCAUAGUAUGGUUCAAGUAAAUCUUAUNUCGGGAAAGUUGGUCGCACACUGCGCUCAUAACCAGUUUAUUACAAUUUCGCUACGGGGAGUUCAGCGAGCAAAGUGUUUUUCUCGCGGCUUUGUUUACCAUUUGCUCAGUGCUGGUUAUGAUUAUGGUUUAUACAGGUAGUUGCCCCUCUUUUUAGCCAUAUCUCAAAUCAGUCAUUGAGCUGUGGAAUACUGUUGCUUUUGGAGAUAAAAUAAUAUAGUAAACACCAUUGGGCUAGCUAGUAAACACUUUAAUAUAUCAGAUUUAUUGACAUUGCUACCCCAUAGUUGGAAAUGAUAUUUCUUUGAUCUUAUAUGCCAAAACUGCGACAUGGUAGGUUAUUUUGAUUGAGGGUGACGGAAAGAUUAUGUGAAAUUUCUACACCAAACCAAGGCAAGAUAAACAACACUUUCAGUUUUAAUAGCUGAAAAGAUUUUUAUUCUGAGGCCCUCUGUUCUCUUCAUAGUAUGGUUCAAGUAAAUCUUAUUUGAAUCCCUAAUCUUUAACUGGUAAUAAGGUUACAGGAACUGUUACUAGUUGCUUAUGAUUUUUUCCUCCCCCAACCCUAAAAUUAUUAUGCUAAACAAUAUUUAUUUCAGUCUUUACAAAUACUGGCCUUCGGCUAAUAGUAAUUGUUGAUUAUCCACCAUUUACAGAUAUGGGGCGCUUUUGUAAACCACUGAUAUACUGGACAAUUUUGUACACAGAUUUUACUGUUCCUGCAAAAUUCCUUUUGAUCUGUCCAUCACAUCGAUGCUACCCCCAUUUAUAAAAAUUUUGUGACAAAAUCAUAAGUUGCAUUAAUUUGAUUGGUUCAAUAAGUUAAUGAUCCAAAUUACAGUGACUGGAGACUUCAUCUUCCAACAAUUUUUUACUAAUAUUGCCAAAUGUCAGCCAUUUUUAACAUUUCUUUCAUGGCUGGUGAACCUAGUGAUUUCUUAAUUGUUCAUGUAAUAUAUCAAGCAUGAGACGCAGUAUUUCAUCACCAGAUGAAAGACUGAGAAGAGAGUUGAAAAUACGACACCCAGCAGAGUAUUUUUGACGAAUUUCGAGGUGUGUCUUCUGACGAUGAAACACUGUGUCAAAUGCUUGAUAUUACUUCUCAAACAAAAUGAUUUUAGGAGGAGAAAUUAGGGAUGCAAAAAUGAGUAGUUCUUGAUCUAAUUUCCAAACACUCAUUAAACAUUAAUUUCCCUUGUAAUAUCUUUUUGAAUUAUUAAUGAAUUUGAGAAGACAAAGAUAAAAAAUAGCCUUUACCUGCUACAGUUUAUGCAUUAAGUAAAUGUUCUGACCAAAACACUCAUUAAAAUAAUGUCUUUUGUAAAUUUUUGGUGUGGCGUGUGCAUCAGCUACCCCAAUAAAGUGGACAGCAACCUUAAUUUUCGCUGAUUCUUCAUUUGCAUUUAAAUACAGAUUAAGAAAAAGUCAGCAGGUGUGUCAUGUAGUUUACUUUCCAAAUGGUAUUCCUUAAUCUUCUGGUUACUUUUUGUCAUAAUAUCUUGAGCAUUAAAAGACCAGUUAUUUCAUGCCUUUCAUUGUCAUGCAGUAUAGCUGUCAAAAUUUUCUCCUUGCUUGUCCAGCUUAUUUCAAAGAUUUGGGAGGAAAUGGUAAUAGACUAUGCAUUAUGUCAAUUAACCCUAUGUGGCUUAAAAAGUCUAGAGUUUUGUUAAUAUGUGAGAUGGAAUUGGUGACCUAGCCAGCAGUAGAUUUUGUAUAAGAUAUAAAAUGUUUUCCAUUACCAGUAAAAUGCUUUGCACAACAAAAUUUACUGUUUAAUUAAGCUCUACUAAGCUUCUAAGUUUUUCACUCCUAAUGUGAAUGUCCUAUUUCACAGCAAAAAAUGGAUUUCUCUUUGUAAAAUCCUAAGAAAUAAAUAUAAUAGUCAGGGCUUCUGAUAGGUUGCAGAAGAAAAAGUCAAAUUUCGCGGGAUUUUUAGGGACAAACUCGCGGAAAAAUCGGCCGAUUUCGCAGGAAUUUCGCUGGAGUUUUUGGGGCAAACUUCAUCAAAAAGCAAUUGGUAUAAAACGGCUGAUUUUGUGGCAAAUUCUGCUAGGAAUCGAUCGGUUUUGCACUGAUCAGACCAGCGUUUUUAACGUUUUUCUAACAGAGGUCAUCAUUUGCUCUUUCAAUAACAAUACGCUCCAGAAAUUAACCAAUGGCAAAGCCUUUAACAUCAUGGCUAGUGCCCAGUUUUUCGCAACAUAAUCUACGCCUGGUAGUUUUGGGAUGUUGUUUGCAUGUUUCAGUGACGAAGUUCCAAGAUAAAUUUGCAAGUUUACGGCAAGUAAAUAGCCCCUAUAGCUGAAAUAAGUUUCAGCUAAGUUUUUUGUACAGACAUGUAUUUGACAAGAUUUCUACCGAAUUUUGCCGUAUUUUUCUUGUUUUUGUGAAUUUCGCGGGUUUUUUGUGGAUUUACCUGAAUUUUGUGGCUCCGCGACCGCGCGAAAUAUCAGUAGCCCUGAAUAGUACCAUGCAAAUGUUCUGCCUAAGGGGUUGCAUGUGAUUGGGAACACCAUAGGAGAAGUGCUAGUUAUGGAACCCUACCAAAAUCCGUAUAGAUGCAAGGAAAGGGGAGAUGUAUGGAACCAGAUAUUUGUAAACCUGAGUGGCCUCCAUCAACCGAAAUUCAAAGUCAAUAAAAGAUCCAUGAGAGUCAGACUGACCUAAGCAUGACCUUUUUCUUGCUUGUUUCAGAUGCACCACCAAACGAAAGAGAGCAGCUUUUCAUCCAGAAAAUUCAACAGUGUUGCAUUUUGUUUGAUUUUGCCAUGGAUCCACUAAGUGAUCUCAAAUUUAAGGAAGUUAAACGAGCUGCACUUAAUGAGAUUGUUGACUUUAUAACACACAACAGAGGUGUCGUCACAGAUCCUAUCUAUCUUGAAGUGGCCCACAUGGUAAGAAACCAUCAUUCUCCUUAGUAACUAGCUGGGUGCAACAGGGUUGUCCCUAAGAUUUCAAGUUGCCGGGUAAAUACAACAAGUAGGCAGGGAAUCAAACAGCUAGGGAUUUCGUUUGGUUCUAUUUUUCUUCUAUUUUCCUAUGAAAGUAGCCGGGGGAAAUCUCCUGCCCCCGCCUCUUAAUGACAGCCCUGGUGGAAUGAUUCACAGACCUUUUGAUUCAAUUUAAGGUACACUGUAUUUAAACUGACUAUCGUUGUCUCCUUCAGAGUGAACAUGAUUUAGCCUCAGGGUCUCUCCUAGAUUUUAUUUAAUUUCUAGUAGUGGUGUUACCACAUUUAUGAGCUUACACAACAGGAUGGCUGAAAAAAGGGGACAGCAUUGCAAAAUGUUUGUGUGUGACAAAUCUGACAGGGCUCUUACUUGUAUGUUUUGUCAUGAUCUUCACUUAACAUCACUAUGUUCCUGACUUUAAAAAAAAGACCUCUUAAAAGGAAGGUGAAUUUUUAUGGAAAAUUCUUUCAUACUUAAGGUUUUGCUGUCUUCUUUCCUUUCCCAUCCUGUCGCAUAAGUUGACUAUUGAAGGGUUGCCAGGAAUGAAGCCCUGAUUAAAUUCUAGAUUCUCUUUCCUCUUACCUUGUACUUCCUUGUUAAUUAAAAUGAGAAUUUGGUAUGAGAUGAGGAGGCUUAGAGCCUUAGUGCAUGCACUCUUUCAGAUUUUUAGUGGCAUACAGUUGACUACUACCAGUAAUAAAGCCAAGGUGUUGCUGAAACUGUGGAUUUAUUUUGUUCAACAGUUUGCAGUUAACACUUUCAGGACUCUUCCUCCACCAUCCAAUCCUAAUGGUGCUGAGUUUGAUCCAGAAGAAGAUGAACCAAACUUAGAAGCAGCUUGGCCGCACCUUCAGGUUGGAAAAUUUUUAUUCUUGAUAUCUGAUGAACUUUGGGGUGACCUUACCCUCUCCUACAGGGCUUGAAAUUGCGACUGAUAUGGUCAUCAAUGUAACUAACAUUUUCUCCUUGGCAACUAAAAAUUCACUGGCUUAGUCACCACUUUGGCGACCAGAUUUCUCUUUGGUUUAGAUUUAAAUUAAAAGAGUAAAGUUAAAACAAACAUUUCAUCUUACCUUGGUUUGCUUUUGUCAUAAAAAAAAUGUGCCAAAUCACAUACCGUAAACAAAGCCAGUUUACCUCCAAAUUUAUACCGUCCUCUGUCUGCGAUAUUUUCAAACAAUCAAAUCUGAUGGAUCGUGCCAUACUAUGAGCUGCAUCAUUUACAUUAUACAAACUGGAGACUAUAAAUUUUACAUUUGGCGACUACAUUUCUCAGGUUGGUUGCCAAAAGGCGACCUGAGAAUUUUUUUAAUUUCGAGCCCUGUCCUAGCAAUCAAAACAGCUCCAGUGAUAGGGCUCCCCUAUUGUUUGUCUUAGAAGAAUCACUUUGUUAUUGAUAACAGCGUUUUGACUGCUUAUUGCUGGUCUUCAUUUGCUGUUGGCGAUGAUUUAGCUAUUGCAGUGUGUGGCUAUGAGUAGCACAGCUGCUGUUGAUUCAUGCAUUUUGAAUCUUUCUCAUUGUUAUAAGAUUUGGGUCCUUUGUAUUGUUAGUGUUGGCAGCUGUUCCCUUGACAGUCCUCAUAGUACCAUUUAGCUGCUGUGUUGUUCUCCAGAGCCUUUAAUUGUUGUGUUUGCUUUAUUUAAAAUUAUUAAUUUUCUGCAUUGACAGAGGGUUGUUACUAAGAUUUCAAAUUGUUGGCAGGGAAUCAAACAGCUGAGGAUUUCUUUUGGUUCUCUCUAUUUUCCCAUUAGAAUAGCUGAGGGUCACCUUCAUAGUGGCUGUUGGAAAUCCCAAGUCCCCGACCUUUAUAAAUUACAGCCCUGUAAGAUGGAUUUAACAAUUAUUCCUCAAGCCUGAAUGGGCUAUUGACUCAGAGGCCAUGAGGGCGAGAGGAAUAAUAAUAUUGUUUUAGUAAAAUGCAACUAGUUGGUCAAAAACAUCGAGACAAAACAACUUAAGUUAGCAAAACACAAUUCAGCGGCCAUUGUUUUGGGUUUCAAAGCCAGGGCUUUUCACUACUCGUGGGCUAUAACAUAUAGCCUAGUAGUAGCUCAACCAAUCAGAAUGCAGCAUUGAUAAUAGACCACGAGUUGGAUUUUACUAAGAUAAAAUAGCAUGUUUCUGUGAUCCCUGUGUAUUGCCCUAGAGGCUACAUUACUGAUGUUUAAUGAUAUAUUGUAUUUAUCAUUUAGAUUGUGUAUGAAUUAUUCUUGAGGUUCUUGGAGUCUCAGGAUUUUCAGCCUGCUGUGGCAAAGAAGUUUGUUGAUCAAAAAUUUGUUAUGCAGGUAAUACAGUGAGUGGGUUAAAUGUGUAAAUGUCAUCACCAUUAAGACUAGUUCACAAAUUCAGCAGUAGAAGUUGCAUCUUUGGAAGUAUAAAGAGUUGCAGACAUGCAUUUCUUGUUUUGAGCUUUGAGAAGUCACAAAUAGAUAAGUUGUCAUACAUUGUUGGACACAAUGGCUGAAAUUAUUUUGCAUAAAAGCAAGCAACAUAUAUGUAGAGGAAGCAAGUAAAGUAUUAGUACCCUUUUUUGACAAAAUUCUUAAAAUUUAAUUGCAAAUGGUGCUUUUUCUCACGCUUGCAUUGAAUGUGUAGACCGCAUUGAAUGUGUCUGUACACCACAGAAUCUUAAGGUGGCUCACAGCAACUUUCACUAUUUUUUCAACACUUAUGCUUUGAUGGAUUAGUAUCUCCAUUAUCUGUCAGUUGUUACUUUGAUGAUUGUUGCAAUGUCAACCAGGCCUAAUGCCAAGCAUGUCUUAACCAUGGCUUAUGUUUUAAUAUAUUUAUUGGAAAAAAUAGUAUCCCACAAUUAAUAGUUAUAAUCUUGAGACUUAUAAGACAGGGAGUACAGUAGAAGCCUGUUUGCAGAGUUUAUAUAAGGAAUAAGUUGAACAUACGUCUAAAUAAAGUGUAAUCUUAACUUCAUCAGUGUAUUUUCUUCUGCAAAAAAUUAGAACAUAAUUAUUUAAGAACAUAAAUAGCCUAAAUUUGUACUAAUUACCAUAUAUGUAAGAACCUGUUAAGGCUAACUUGGGAAAACGCUGGUUCUUUGCCGUUGCAGUUGUUAAAGUUUGUUGAUUGUUACAAAAACGUAGGUCUCUUUGUUGUUGUACAGCUUCUUGACCUGUUUGAUAGUGAAGAUCCAAGAGAAAGAGAUUUCCUCAAGACAGUAAUUCACAGAAUAUAUGGCAAGUUUCUGGGACUCAGAGCUUAUAUCAGGAAACAAAUAAAUAAUAUAUUUUACAGGUAAAUGUUCUCUUCUCGCCCAUGUACAAAUCUUACCAGUUGACUGAUGAUAAAAAAUCCAAUUCCAUGCGCAAACAUGAUAUGCACAUACAUUUAUCAGCAUUGCACACAGGCAGGUACAUGUAGUUUGGCUGUGAAUGCUUAGUGCUUCCUUUCAAUGUAAGAGGAAAAAUAUUGUUUGAAAAAUUCUUUUGCAGAUUUAUAUAUGAAACAGAACACCAUAAUGGGAUUGCAGAGCUACUAGAAAUUUUAGGAAGGUAUGUGUAAUGGUUUUUUAAAAUUCCUAUUCAAGGUUACUUAUGGGUUGAAAAUGAUUUCUACAACCACCUUGCACAGCAUAGUAAAUCUAGACAGUGAGUUUAAGUCAUUUUGUGAAUUAUCUUCCCCUUUUUGUGCAAAAAUAAUGAUAAUCGCCCCCAGCUGUUAUUCGAGGAAAUGUGGUAUAUAUCAUAACAUGUAAGAUUCAAAAAAGACUACUAAAUUUAAAUAAAUUUUGCAUAUUGUAACAACAUUAAAACAUAUUUAUUAUAUAGACACGAGUGUUUUACUGGAAAAUAUACCACUCGUAAAAUUCAUAAAAACUACAUCUGGGACCCGAGUGGUUUAUUUUCCAUAAUCUAACACGUGAGUUUAUCGAUGAUGUAAUUUUGGUAAUUUCCCUCUAUAUUUUAUUGAUGUCAUUUUGUCUAUAUAAUAAAAAGAACAUUACAUGGCGGCUCGAAGAUAUGAAUUUUGUUUUCUUGUGGCAAAAACAAUAUUUUACUCACUCGCUAUGCUCGUUUGUAAAUUAUUGUUUUCCUACUAGAAAAUAAAAUUCUUAUCUUCGCGCCACCAUGUAAUAUCCUCUCUAUAUAUUGUUUUCUUGCAGCAUAAUCAAUGGCUUUGCACUGCCUCUCAAAGAGGAACAUAAACACUUUCUCAUGAAAGUUCUGAUGCCACUACACAAAGUUAAGGCACUCAGCAUGUAUCAUCCUCAGGUAUGA